AUGGAGUAUCCCUUCAGCCGCUCAACUGUGUCGCCGGCGCCCAACCUCUCCGUACCCAUCUUGCUGGGCUGGGGUAUCAACCUGACUUCCGGCCAGGAAGUCCCGGCUCCCGGGCCGCCGCCGCCGCCACCGCCGCCGCCCGGGCCGCCCAGCCACCUCGUGUACCUGGGGGUUAUCCUGGUGGUGUCCGUGGCCGGCAACGCCAAGGUACUGUGCCGCUUGUGUGGCGGUGGCGGGCCAUGGGCGGGUCCCAAGCGUCGCAAGAUGGACUUUCUGCUGGUGCAACUAGCCCUGGCCGACCUAUACGCGUGCGGGGGCACCACGCUGUCGCAGCUGGCCUGGGGGCUGUGGAGCGAGCCGCGUCGGGCGGCGAGCGACCGGGAGUGCCGCUUCGUGCAGCUACUGCAGGUAUCCGGCCGGGGCGCCUCGGCCCACCUAGUGGCGCUCAUUGCCCUCGAGCGUCAGCACGCCGUGCGCCAUCCGCAGGGCCCGCCGCUGCCGGCACGCGUCCUCGCCGCCUUGGGCUGGGUGCUGGCGCUGCUGCUGGCCCUACCCCCGGUCUUCGUGGUGCGCGGGGGAGCCCCAUCCGCGCCACGCGCCGCGUCCCCGGACGCCCACGCCUGGGCCGGAGAGCAUCGCUGCCGCGGCAUCUUCGCGCCUCUGCCGCGCUGGCACCUGCAGGUCUAUGCGCUCUAUGAGGCCGCCGCGGGAUUCGCGGCACCGGUCGCAGUCCUGGGCGUCGCUUGCAGCCGCCUGAUCUGCGCCUGGUGGCAGUGCCCGCCCCCGGCCCCAUCUGCUGCGACGCCCAAGUCGGCGAGUCCCGGCCGAGCCCCCGCCCACAGCGCGCUACCGCGUGCCAAAGUACAGAGCAUGAAGAUGAGCCUGACUCUCGCGCUGCUGUUCGUGGGCUUUGAACUGCCCUACUUUGCUGCCCGGCUGGCAACCGCGUGGUCGUCUGGGCCGGUGGGAGAGUGGGAAGCCGAGGACUUAGCGGUGGCGCUGCGCCUCGUGGGGGUGGCUAACAGUGCCCUCAACCCCUUCGUCUACCUCUUCUUCCAGGCGGGCAACUGCCAGCUCUGGCGGCGUCUGCGGAAGCGUUUGGGCGCUCUUUGCUGCUCGCAGAAGGGAGUCUCAGAGGACGACGAGGGGGCCCAGGUCCACCAGGCGCUCCACCGUCACCGCUGGCCCCACGCCCAUUAUCACCACGCCAGGCGGGAGCAGCCAGAGAAGGGCUACUUGCGCCCACCGCCGCCGCGUCCCCGGCCGCCACCCUGCUCCUGUGAAAGCGCAUUCUAG